AUGGGAAAAAAACCUAAUGGACACCCCAGUCUCCCCUCCACUAUGUUUCUCUCUCAACAAAUACCACUCUCUUCUCCCACUCUCCCUCAGCCCACAUGUAGAAAAAAAGUAGAUCUAUUGGGGAGACAAAGGAGAGAAAGAAAAUACAAAACUCUCCAUAGCCAUCAAAUCUCCCUUCUUUCUGUCUCUCUUGAAGAAUUGGCUUCUCAUUGCAUUUUGUUAUACAAAAAAAAAAAAUUAAGGAUAGUGUCACUCAUGAUUAGCGUUUUUGAACAAUUUCUACUGAACAACAAAUUUCUCUUCUCCAGCAAACAGACUUCCAUAUUUAACAAACCAAGUGACUUAAUUUUGCUUACUGAUUCAAAUCCCCUAGUCCAAAGUGUCAAAGUUGUUAUUGUCUGGAUUGUCGAGAAGGGCAGCAAAACCCUCAUCGAAUUGUAG